UAUGAAACCUGCUUAAAAUUCAUUAAAUGCUAAAUAAAGUGGUGAAUUCAAAGCUUUAGUGGUAUGAAUAAUCACUUAAAAUAGAAAUUACUUGAUGCUAAAGAUUAUAAAAAGGGUCUUAGAAAUACAGAAAAAUUAUUGGAGUAAGUGCCUGAUAAUUGGGAAGUCGUGUCUCUUAAGGCCAUCUUUAUGUAUUACAAUGAUGAACAACAAAAAGGAUUAGAAUUAGCUAAGCAAGCAGUGUUUAAGAAUUUAGGAUCAGACUUUUGUUGGCAUAUUUAUGGUUUAAUUUAUAAGGCCUAAAAAAAUUAUAUUGAGGCUGUAAAAUGUUUCCUAUAAGCAAUUAAAAAAGGAGAAGAAAACAUUCAAUUAGAGAGAGACACAGCUAAUUUGUAAAUUCAUACAAGGGAUUUUGAAGGAAAUGCUUAACUUAGACAUAAGUUAUUGACAAAAAAAUCAAACAUGAUUGUGAAUUGGAUAGCAUUCAUAUUUGCUUAACAUUUAAUUGGAAAUUAUGAAAUAGCAUUUAAAGCAAUCAGUUCAGCUGAAUAACUAAUCUAAAAGGAUUAGUAGAAUCCAAUUAAGAAAGUUGAAAUGAAUGAAUUCAAAUUAUAUUAAAUCUAACUUGCCAUAGAUGCCAAAGAUUAUUAAAAAGCCAAAUAAAGUAUAAAUGCAUUCAAAAAGUAUAAUAUUCUUUAUAAUAAAAAGUGAUAUUACAGAUAUGGUGGCAUAUUAUGAACUCCAAUAUGAUUUAUAUAUCAAAUUAGGAUAGACUUAAGAUGCAGUAGAAGCAGCAAAACACCUUUUAGAAUUAUAACCAUAAAAUUGGAAAUACUAUUAAUUAUUAAAGAAGGCAGAUCCAUAAUUUGAUUUAUCAAUCUAUGAUAACACUUUAGUUUAGGGUUAAUUAUUAGCUGAAUAAAGUGGAGAUAAAUUUAAAACUAAUUUUUUGAAAUUUAUUGAUCCAUUUUUUUAGAAGUCUCUUCCUUCUUUAUUUAGAGAAAUAAAGCAUUUAUAUAAAUAAAAUGAGAAAUUGGAUAUUAUUAGAGAAUCAUUUGAAUCUUAUUUAAAUGCAGGUCCAAUCUAAAAAUUAUGGGCAUUGAUGCUUUUAUCUUAACAUUAUUAUUAAAUUAAAUAAUAUGAAAAGUCAUUACAAUUGGUUGAAGAAGCAAUUACCCAUACACCAACUUUACAUGAAUUGUAUUUAAUUAAAGCUAAGGCAUUACAUAAAUAAGAAAAAUUCAAGGAGGCAUAUGAAGCAGCAGAUAGAGCAAGAUAAUUAGAUUUGGCUGAUAGAUAUUUGAAUAAUAAGACAAUUAAAUAUGCAUUAAGAGCAAAUAUGGUUUAUUUGUCUUAAGAAUUAUUAAGAAUGUUUUUAAGAGAUGGAUCAAAUCCAUAUGAAUUAUAAAUGAUUUGGUUUGAAUUAGGAGUUGGUAGAACAUUAUUAAGAUUGAAUUAUCUUGGACCAGCAUUAGCUUAAUUUUAUUUGAUUUUUAAACAUUAUUAAGAAAUGUAUGAUGAUCAAUUAGAUUUUUAUUAAUUUUCAAUAAGGAAAUACACAUUAAGAUCAUUAUUAUAGAUGUUUGAUGCUAUGGAUACUAGAUAUAGUGCUAAAUAUUUUAUUGAAACUGCAGGUCUAAUGAUUGAAGGUUUGAAUAGAUUAAAACUCAAAUAAUAGGAUUAAGGGAAAGUAGAGUAGAAGAAAUUAACACCAAAAGAGAAGAAACAAUUAUAAAAGUUAUAAUAAAAGUAAGAGGAAGAGAAACAUUUAAGAGAAUAGUUUUCAAUUGAAGGACAUAUUUAUAGUAUUGAAUUAUAGAAGAAAUUUGAUCUUUCAGGAGAAUAUUUAUUAUCAUAAUUAAAGACUGAAUAAGAUAUUAUUAAGUUGUAAAAUCAAUUUGCUUAAGUUUUGAUUCAUACAAAUUAUCAUAAUAAGGAAAUUAACUUUUAAGCAUUCAAACAACUUGUCUCUUUCUAUAUUCAAUAGAAUAGACCUCUUUUGAGUGUUAAAUUAUUAAACAAACUCAGAACCAAUUAAACAGAAUCAAAUAAAAUUGUUAAUCAUAAGUAUCAAUUAAUGCUGAUUCAAUAUUGUAAUAUAAUAUAUAUAUAUAUUUUUAAUAGUAAAUUCAUAUAAAGGACCUUAACUUUAAUAUGUUUAGGAGUACUAAUAAGAUUUGAAUAAAUUUGAUGCUGAUUUUUGGAAGAGUGUUGAGAUUAAAUCUAAUUUAGAUAAAAUUAUCAGUAUAUUAUUUAUAUAAAAUCAAUAUAGAAUCACAUUGUGAACAUAUAUUGUAGAAUAAAGCUUUUAAUGUUUAAUAAUUAGAAUCAAAUGAUUUAGAAUUCUUAUAAGAAUAUCCUAAUGCAAAAGUAUAUAAAAUGUUUAUAAUAGACAACUAAUCCAUUUUAUACAAGUGAUCCUAAUUUAGAAUGGUAAAAUAAUCAGAUUAGCUAAUUCUAAUCUGCAUAAUAGACAUAAUAAGUAUCAUAAUAAUGAAGUG